UGCACACGGGCGGGCGCACACACACACGCAUGAACACACAUGCAGGCAAAGUUUUUUUUUAAAUAAGUUCAUUUCAAAACAAGUCUAUUCAGCGUGAAACCACCGGCCCGUGAGACUGCCGAUUAGAUGAUGCGGCUUCAGUGACUGUGAGUGAGUGAGUGAGCGUGGAGUGGGCUAGGCGUGAUGUAAUAGGUAACCGUACAUAUGGGUAUAAAUAUCAUGGUCAGACGGUAAGUCAGUAUGGCCGUGCCGUCGGGGGUAGAACACUUGACAGAGGGCUUCCCCCCUCCCCACCCUCCCCACACCACCACCACCCCUCCCCUCCCCGAGUCCAAAGUUGACCAUUUGGAGCGGGUUGGCAAGUUGGAAUCAAGGCAGCUGUUGCGGACGGACCUUCAACGCAGACCGCAAUGUAAAGAGCGCAUCUACUCCGCCUUGAGCAUUCGCCUUCAAUUUUAAUGCGCGCUCGAAAUAAAAGCGAGAAAGUGGAGCUAGAGCCGAGGUAUUUUUAGUGCAAUAGAUUCCCAACCACGUGUGCGCACGUUGAUCGAGAUAUGUUCUGCAACACAGCGAUUCAGUCGGCCUCCUUGCCAAUCCUGUUCCUUGGACUUGUGUCAGAUUUGGUGCGCUGCGCUCCCCUCUCCGCCCGGCACAACGCUACCUUGGAGCGCAAAUGGGAGACGCUCCUGUCGCGCUCCAUGCCUCGACUCCCCGGCGACAGCAGGGCCAUCAGCCGGGAGACGGACUAUCUGCUGGGCAUCAAGCGACUGCGACGCCUUUACUGUAACGUGGGCAUCGGCUUUCACCUCCAAGUGCUGCCCGACGGGAAGAUUAAUGGCACACACAGCGAGAAUCUACACAGCAUUUUAGAGAUUUCUCCGGUGCAAAGGGGGGUCGUCAGUCUCCUGGGAGUCAGAAGCGGCCUAUUUGUAGCCAUGAACAGCAAAGGCAAACUUUACGGAUCGGCGCAUUACAGCGACGAAUGCAAAUUCAACGAAACUCUCCUGCCCAACAACUACAAUGCCUACGAGUCCAGAGAAUACCCCAACAUGUACAUGGCGCUGAGCAAGAACGGCAAAACCAAGAAGGGCAACAAAGUGUCUCCUGUUCUGACAAUGACACAUUUUCUACCGAGAAUGUGAGAGCGCCCCCCCCUCAGAAAUGACCUCGGGAGGGCACAAGAAAUGAUGGGGGUGGGAGCCAAUGCCUCGGCCGGUGCACUUUCAGGAAAGCUUCAUGCAAGACGAAUAGGUGUAUCAUAUAUUUAACUUAAUUGUGACUAAAUAUUUAAAUCUGUAUAUUUUGUUCAGAAAAUUUAUUUAUAGUUUUGCUGAUUUUUUUUAAAUUUUAAAUUUAUUUGUCGGCCAGAACAUAAGUGGUGCAUUGUGCUUGUGUGCGUGUGUUUGAAAUUUGUCCUGUAAUAUUUUGUUUUAAAAGGUGAAACGGAAGAUCGGGUAUGUACUGUAAUGGUCAAUGUUGUGUGAUGGAGAUCCGUGGUGUGUUUGCCUUUAAAAAAAUAUAUAAAUCUAAUUGUUUCUCAAAGUAUAAAGUCUUGGUCUUCACCCCAUGACGUUUUGUAGGUGUCCGUUUUGUAUGUGUCUGCUUGUAACAAUGUCUGAUAUCUGUCCUUUGUGUGUCGUGGUAGCUAUGUAAUUUCAAUGGAAUCCGUCCACUUCUGACACGGAGAGUACAGUCUUGCGGGUGCUAACCCACAAAUCUGUUUUUAGACCUGCCACAGCUGAACUUUGAACUCCCCAUGCAGUCAAUCUUUGUCAGAUCUUCAGGUCAGAAGCUUUUCUUAACCCGCCUGCAAGCUUCAGCAAUUCAGUCUCACAAAUGACCACACAAAUGCUUUUGAAAGGAAGACUUUCUGCCCCAUUCGUGGAUAACUAGAGUUGGGACCAUGUACCAUUAGUGUACCACUACACAAAGCUCCUCAAAAAUCACUUCACACUCAAGGUCCUUUGAAGAGGAAGACACAUUAUUUGCUCAGCACCCUCAGGAGAUUUUAAUUCCAGCAGUAUUGUCCAGGAGGUACAUACAUUCUUUUUUUUUACAUUCAAGAAUACAUACAUUCUUUUAAAAUAAAAUAGUUUUCCAUUCCUUAAUUCGAUGAAAUUAUCUACCUCAUUUUCAGACCCCUGAAUAAAAUAGUCUCCUCCCAAAGGCUGCGCAGAAUGCUGUACUGAGUGCUUGUCCCUGAAAUAUUGUUGGUGAUCUUAAGUCAACACGCUACCAUAUGUAGCCACAAGUAGCCGGGAGGGCGUCCAUUGCAUCCUAGUUGAGCCUUGUCACGUUUGAGCUAUCUUUACCCAGUGAUUUACUUUUAGUAGGGAUAAUCAUGGUGAAAAUAUUUGCAGACAGCUGUUGGGCUGCACUGUAUGGCCAUUGCGUAACCCUAUAUUUUCUUUAUAUAUUUCUUUCAAACCCCCCACCUACCUCUGGUCUCCAUGCAGAAGAAAACAGCAGCAAACUUUAAAUUCAAACAAUCUGUUUGGGAGAAAUGCGGAGGGAGAGAGAGAAGAAAAAAAAACCCUUUUCAUAGUUUGAAGAGAUAAGGAAACACAAAAAAAUGCCAUCCCAUCGUGUGUUGGAAUUGGAGGGUCUGGUUACGUGGUUCAUAUGGGGACUGCCAUAAACUGCAGACAGAAAUUCUAAAGUCCUUGUUAAAAUGUCUUCUGCUGUUCUCUUUGCUGCUAAGAUGGCAAAG